AUGGAGGUUGGUGUGUAUAGCUCGAGCGGUAAGGAGCACCUAUCCUUAACCCCGCGUCGAAAAUCAGAUCAAGACUUCGGCUCUCGUUAUGCCCUUCUAAAGAAAGCUGAUCAAGAGCACAAAGUAAUAACUCAAUCUAAAGCAACGGAAGUUGGAGGAGCUUAUAGCGUUAGUGCUAAAGAGAAUUUAUCCUCAAACCUACGGCUGCGCUCACAGCAAGAGUUUAACUCUCGUCCUGCCCCUCAGCUGAAUCAAAAGAAAAUUGAUCAAGAGCAUAAAGCAAUAAACCAAUCUAAAGUAAUGGACGGAGGAGGAGCUUAUAGCGUUGGGGCCAAAGAGCACUUAUCCUCGAACCCUCGUCGACGCUCGCAGCAAGGGUUCGACUCUCGUCCCACCUCGAAUCAAAAUAAAGCUCAAGACUCCAAAGCAAAUCAACCCAAAGUUGUAGCAGCCAAUAAGCUUAAGCCUGUAUGGGAUUGUGGCAGCUCACUAUACGACUCGUUCGAGCUCGACUCGUUCAAACGCCAACUGGACUCGGCCAUAUCAUGCAGAACCAUGUCAAUGCCUCAUCUAUCCGACCGCCGAGCUCCUCCUCCGCCGCCGCAACCAGCCAUCACAGCCUCCAGCAAAAAACCCUCAUCAAACAAGCUCUCCCGUUCGAUUCAAAAGCUCCUGCGCUCUGUGUUCAAGCCUAAUACCAAACCAAGUAACAGUAACAAUUCUGGUGUCGUUUUUAAAGUCCAAGAUCAUCAUCAAGCAAAUACCAAGGAUGGAUUUUACGUUGUGUACAACACGACAGGUGCACUUACGACAAUUCCAGAAAUGAUUCCUCACGAGUUUGAUUUCGGUGGUCUCUCCCCAGAGAUUGGGGCGUUCGUAAGAAGAACGGGAUCAGAGCGAUUUACAGCUUCGAGGACUGCUAAUAUUGGUAUUUCAUGUGCUUAA